UAUUUGAUAAUGGGAAUAAAAUUUGUAAGUUAAAGUUCUUGUUCUUUUUAUUUAUUUUAUAUUAUCACAAUCCAAUAUUUUUUUAAUUAUAGAUGUAGUUAAUCAAUCAUAUUGCUUAGCUUUAGCAAUGGAGUGUCGAUUAUAUAAACUAAUAACUUUUGAUAUAACUGGAACCAUUUUUAAAUAUAGAACCUCACCAGCUGAAGAGUAUUGGACCGUGCUAUUGAAACAUGGUGUUCAAGUAAAAAAGCCUAUUAUAAAAGAUUUGAUUAAUAAGAAUAUGUAUGAAAUGACUAAAAAGCAUCCUAAUUUUGGACUUAAAACUGGUCUUGGUUGGGAGAAUUAUUGGAAAAGUUUUGCUCACAAUGUUAUAAGUGAUACUCUCUGUAAGCAAAACAUUUUUAUUCACAAUAAAAAACUUACUAAUAUUAUUGAUGAUCUUAUGCAAACUUAUAGUACAGGUGAUACAUUUGUUUUACAAAAUGGAGUUAUUAGUUUAUUACAAUAUUUAAAAAGUAAACAAAUACCUUUGGGAAUAAUUUCAAAUUAUGAUCCUAGAAUUAAAGAUAUUAUUAAAAACCAUAGGCUUGAAAAUUAUUUUUCAUUUAUAUUGUCUUCUUAUGAAGUUGGUUUUGCAAAACCAUCAGUAGAAAUAUUUCAAAAAGCAGAAUCAUUUGUAAAGGAUUACUCAGAUAAAAAAUUAUUUUUACAUGUAGGUGAUUCAUAUACUUUAGACUAUGUAGCAGCCAAAAAUGCAGGCUGGUCUGCAUUUUUAGUACAUACUGAUAAGCAGAACAUAACUCAACAGAAUCCUGAAUUAGAUAAUUUUAUAUUUGAUGAUUUUACAGCAUUGAAGAGGUUUUUUACAUCUACUAACUCUGUAUGCCAUCAAUAAAAAUGAGAGGAUAAUUAAAAUCUAUUUAAUCAAAAUGAAUUGGAAAAUGUUCAUUUAAAUAUAAUAUCCAUACUCCUUAAUGCAGAUAAGACUUUUAGUAUCUAUAAACUUAGUUAAAAAUAGGAUAAAUAAUUGACCCAGGAGGUUCACGGCUUUAAUAACAUUAAAAUUUUAUUUAAAAAUACAUUUGUGUUUGUAAAUUGUACAAUUUUGAUUCUUAAAAAUUGAAAGAAUAUGUAUUUAAUUUAACUUUUUGCUUUUUCUUAAUGUAAUAAGGUCGUUCAAUUAAUUUAACAAAUUAAAUACUUGAAAUAAAUAAAAUCAAAGUUUCUGAUCUUC